AUGUUUUAUGAGGCGCAAUAUGUCCGAAAGGUAUGUGAAGGAAAUUUUAGAAAAGCUGGAAGAAAUUGAGAAAUUGCACGGGAAGUUGCGUCGUUUGGUACCUCGAGUAAAAGUCUAUGAAUCGGAAGGCACAAAGACUAAUCAGUUCAUUAUGGAAAAAACGAACGAUAAUACAAGAUAUUUUCUGGAACAAAACCCUAUCGAUCUCUGUCAGAGAUUAGAAAUUGCAAGAGAAAUGUCUAAAGACUUGAUAACCAAAGUAAAGAAAUUAUGCGAACCCAAUACAAAGACCAGAAAAUAUUUCAAAAAGUUUAAACAUUAUUCUAACAACAAAUGGGAAAGUUUCAAAGACUAUUUGUCGACCAUGAAUGCAUCAGACAUUAUCUUCGUAAGUAGAGGCUCUCAAACAUCAGAAGCCAAUUUACCUAGGAUGAUUUCAGGAAGAACGUCUUCAACUCCUAUUCCAAGAGUAAGCCAGAUUUUUGGAAGAAGAAGAUCCACACUGAGAGAUCUACCAGAACAGUUAUUAGCGAGUUUUGGUUAUUCUCGGGAUUCUAACUCUGUAAAUGAGAGUAUAGUGUUAAUGCACGACCAUGCUUUAGGUAAAGAUGAACCGCAUAAGGUGCAGAAAAUGUUGAUCAUUCCAGACCAGGAAACUGAAACAUUGAGGGUCGUUGCAUCCGCAAGAAGAGUCUCGGUAGGAGGUAGCGAUAAACGGUCUUCAUAAAUCACCAUGAGAAUACAUACCAACAUUCAAUUUGAGCAACGAGCAUUUCUCUGAUCAUAUCUAGGACAUUGACGUGAUCAUGUUUUACAAACGAUAUCUAUAACUUCCCUCGUACUCAACACUUGUAAUAAAAGAGAUUACAACGGACGUAAAAUAUAAGACAUUGGAUCCAAAAGAAAAAUUAAUAUCAUGUAUAUUAAAUAUAUUAAUAUAUUAAAUUAUAAUAUUUGUAUAUACAAAAAUUGAACUGCAAAUGUUUACUCCUUUAUGGAAAAUUUGAAAGUGCCAAAAUCCACGUAACGCAUGCUUCUAUCGAGAUUCUAUUUUUCGAUUUAUAUUAACAACAAUAUGAAUUUGCAUAAACAA